AUGUGGGCUUCCUGGACACGAGUCCAAAGAUUGCAAGCGGCCUCGGAUCCAGUCACCGGAGGAGGACCUCAGGCGGCUAAUUGCGGCCAAAGUUGCGCGCCGCAAUUCUGCUUUGGCGCUCGGCGGUGGUGGCCCCUUGCUCCUACCGCCCCUCCUGUUGUCUCCAUGGCGCAGGUCACCUGGUCAGCGAUUCACGCGCCCAGGUUGGAGCUCACGCUGGACACCUCGGAGUGGUCGGCUGACCUUUGCUUCAUGCGCCGCUCACAGUCCAUGGAAGAUUUGGAGAGGCGCCUCCGGUUUGCCAUGGUCGCAUACAUCGCCGGUGCCAGUCGCGACAUCUCGCCGGAGUUCGUUCUAGAGGCUCUUCGCGUCAAGGCGGGUAUCACCCAGGAGUGGGUCUCUGGCAUUCGUUACAGACCAGAAGACUUCCUUGUUGUGUUUGGCAGAGAAGAGCAUCGCAGCAGAGUCAGUGCAAUUCCGGUGUUCGAGCACAAUGGCAUUCGCCUCUUCUUCCAGCCUUGGAACAGGCAGGCCCAAGUAGUUCACUCUCUGUUGAGAUUCAAGGUCCUGAUGGAGAUAGAAGGUAUCCCUCCUCAUGCUUGGGAUCAGGAUGUGGUCGAGAGCUUGUCGGGAUCCUCUUGCAUGGUCGAUACGGUGGCGCCGGAGACCUACUCCCGGGCGAACCUAUCAUCCUUCAAGGUCUCGGCAUGGAUGACGGACCCGGAGUGAAUCCCCCCCCCCCCCCCCCCUAUGUUGGCUGGCGAUUCCGGAGCCGCGACUGAUUUCGCCGCUCAUGGAGCCAACGCUGCUGCAGUACAAAGUGUUGAUUCACCUGGAUGAGGUAUGUGACUACACCAACGUCGGUGAGCCGUGGUUUUUGGGGUCCUCGUCGAGCAGUGGGCAGAGUGGCAUCCCAGACGACGGCGAUGGCCCUAGGGGUGGUGGUACGGUCGUUUCAGCACGAAGAGCCUGGCAGUUUGGCGUUCCGGACGUCAGAGGGCAGUCUGCUGGUGACACCGGUGGCGGUGAUCGCUGGAGUAGGCAGCGCGGAGGCUCCAUGGCACUCCCGUCUUGGAAGUUGCCACCCAUGGUCCCUCAUGCUGCCAUUCUGGGCAGCGGCCCCGCUCUGCCAGUUCGUGACUGUAUCUCCGUCAGAGUUUCUGCUUUUGACCGCCUGGAUGGACCCGCCAUUGCCGCCCGUGAGUGUUCGAAUCCGAGGCACUCCUCCCUGUCACCAACUGAUGUUGUGCGCCCAGCGAGGGAUGAUCAGGUUGUUGUGGUGCCCACCCACAAGCCUUCUACAUGUUCACAGGUGGCCACGUGCCUAGCGACUGAGAGCAACCCCACCAUCCCCACUCCGGUGCUGGUGGAAGAGCCGUCUGGCAAUCAACUGCGGGAAGAUGAGGAUGGACUGCCCAACUACUAUACGUCCCCACCUGGGUUGGACCUGCCACGGACAGUUCUUGUCUCCCAUGCGGUCCCGGAGACAACACAUGCGGUUUUGAUGGUCGCUGAUGGCGGCCAGCUUGCAAACCAGGAGACGGGAAGCCCAGUGAGGAUUCUCAAACGCGCGAGUUGCGAAGAUGAAGACAAGGAGGGCCUCGGCCCCUCUGUGGUGGACCCCACCGAACAGGUAGUGAUGAUUCCCACUAGGCAGCCCAUUGAGCCAUUUUUAGAGGGAGUGGAGAGCGUGGAGAACAUGGAUGACCCCAUAGUACCUUCCAGCAAUAAUUUAUUAGCACUGCA